AUGUCGUUCAUUCUCAGGAGGCCGUUUGCGGUCUCCUCGAACGUCUUCAAACCAUUCAGCAAGCCUUCCACCCUGCUCCGGUCUUUUCAUUCCUCCGGUUCGAACUCACCAAAUGCCUUCUUCAACACUCGACCAACCGCCUCCAGCGCUCAAUCUCUUUUGAAGUCCGCCGCUCUCCGUGAUGGCUUCAAACGCGGCUAUCAGACUCCUUCUUACCAACCUGCCAACCCGGCGGCGCGCGGAAAUUUGACACAACGACUUCUAUACGGCGCUGCAUUGCUGGGUGGGACCAUUGUCGCCACCAACUUGAUCUUCAACCGGGAAACUCGCGAGGAUGGCGGUAUGCCUCCAUUUGAACGCGAAUACCUGAAUCAAACAUUUCUGCACACUGGACUGGGAGUUGGUAUAAUUGCGCUUGCCGCUCGGACGCUACAUGCCAAUGGUUGGAGCUACCGACUGAUGGCGACAAAUCCGUGGCUGGUUAUGGGAGUAUCUCUUGUGGCGAGCAUCGGGACUAUGUACGGCACGUUUUACACACAUCCGGACAACUACAUUCAAAAGUAUGCCCUCUGGACCGCUUUCAACGUCACUCAAGCUGCCAUCCUCACACCUCUCAUGUUCAUGUCCCCCGCCAUCCUGGCUCGCGCCGGUUUAUACACUGUUGGCAUGAUGGGCAGCAUUGCCUUUGUCGGUGCCACUGCUAAGCAGGAGAAGUAUUUGUACCUUGGUGGCCCGCUGCUUGCUGGUGUUGCAGUUGUGGCCAUUUCUGGGUUUGCGCCUCUCGUACUUCCAGCCACGGCUGUCCGAACGCUGGCUUGGACUGAAAACAUCUGGUUGUACGGUGGUCUUGCGGUGUUUGGUGGCUUUACGCUCUAUGAUGUUCAAAAGAUCCUUCAUCACGCUCGCAUGAGUGAGCGUGGCUUGGUGAGUAAGGACGUUGUGAAUGAGAGCGUCAGCCUGGAACUGGACUUUUUGAACAUCUUCAUCCGGAUGGUUCAGAUUUUGGCCAUGAGGCAGAACAACAGGAGAUAA